AUGUUCGCCCCCGUCCGUAAUCCCCUUCGGACGUGGCGCAUCACUAGCCCAUCACUCGUCUCUCUUCCCCGGCGGAGCCUAAGCACAAAAAAGACGACACUGCCGCUCACCACAAUCGAGGGCACCCCCUUCGUUCCGCGGACAGAGUUCCCCUUCUCGCCGAACCUCAUCACAAGCUACUUCCUGGGGCAUCACAAGUUGGGACUUUCUAAGAUGAAGCAGAUGGUAUCUUCGGUGGAGCUGAUCAUCGAGUGUCGAGACUACCGAGUACCGCUGUCGUCCAGGAACCCACUGUUUGAGGAGACGCUGCAGGGUAGGGAGAGGAUCAUUGUGUAUACGAAGCGGGACCUGGCGGCGGGGGUGUUAGAUUUGGAGACACAAGAAAGACUCCGCAAAUGGCACGCCCCGCACACAGUCCUCUUUUCGAACUUCAAGGACAAACGCGAUGUCCAAAAGAUCAUAGACCACGCACGCCAAACCGCGCGAGCAGCAGACCAUAUGACCGGCUCCCGUAUGCUCAUCGUUGGCAUGCCUAACGUCGGAAAAUCAUCGCUCCUAAACUCAUUGCGCACCGUCGGCACCGGGUCCACCACAAAGGCCGCAAUCACCGGCGGCCAGCCCGGGGUGACGAGGAAGAUCGCGACGGGGGUAAAGAUCUCGGAGGACCCGUUGAUCUAUCUGAUUGAUUCGCCUGGUGUGUUUAUACCGUAUAUGCCGAACCCACGCACCAUGCUCUCACUCGCGCUCGUCGGGUGCGUCAAUAACGCGCUUCUACCGCUCAUCUCGAUUGCGGACUAUCUGCUGUUCCAUAUCAACCGGGUUGAUCCAUCGAUCUAUAAGGCGUACCAUCCGCCCACCAAUGAUAUCAUCCAGCUCUUGGAGGCGACUGCGAAGGCCACGGGAAAGUUGAAGAAGGGAGGGGUACCAGAGUUGGAGAGCACGGCGGCGUGGUUGGUAAGUAGAUAUAGGAGCGGGGUGUUGGGAAGGUUUAUACUGGAUGAUGUGAGUGAGGGUGCGUGGGAGAGAUGGAUACAGGCAGAGGCUGGGGAGGAGGAGAGCUCCAGUGCGGCGAGGAGAAGGGUGAAGAAGGAGAGGGCAGAGGCGAAGGUCAAGAAGAGGGCAGCGGGGGAUGACUAG